UUUAUCGACUGUCUUUUUCAAAGAAAUAUCCAAUAAGAUCAUCCACAUCAUAAUUAAGUCUCACGCUCCUCCUGAGUAAUUGCAUUAUCACCCCUUAAAGGCGGCAUGCGUUAAAAGAUCAUCGCUUACGUCCCUUUACGCUGAAUGAACAGACGACGCCGGUGCAGCAGCAGCAGGAGGAGUUAUUUCCCUUUCCCCCUACUACUACCACCACCACUACUCGUAGGACGUACGUACGACGGCUCCGUCAAUCCGUCUGCUGCUGCUCAGAAUCGGCUGCUAGCUGCUCAGUGCUCAGAAUCGUCUGCUCAGAAUCCACGCUCCCGUAGCGGUAACACGCCAGCAAAUCCGUAUCGAGUAGUUGCAGCAGCAGCAGCGGCCGGCCCAGCCUUCUACUUCUGGUCUCGAUCUAGCGUGGCGUCGUCGGGUGACGUUCGGCGCUCUAUAGCUAAGUGUAGUGUUGAGAAGAGCGCGCGGCGAGUCCACAGAUUCUAAAUACGCGCUCGGAGACAGACCGAGCGAUCUCGGUUGUCAGGAGUUAGGGAAACAGGGGAGGUGUUUUUUUUCCCCCCACCACUUCCCUUUGUAUAAAUUGUAGCCUACCUGUGGCUCUUUAGAGCAGAGCGCCUGUUAUUUUGAAGUCUACCAGCUAGGCUACACAGGCGUGAUAUUAGAUUCUACGCGUUUGUGUGUAUAUUUAUUAUUGUGUUGUGUGUGUGCGCCUGCCGAGAACAAUGGACUAACUUUAACAAGGCAGUCGGAUCUUUAUACUGGAUUGAAAUUAUUCUUCAUUCACGAUUUGUGUCUUCACUGGAUGUGAUAUUAUUAUUUCUGCAAAGUGACGGAUGUCAUGGGAAACAAAGAGCACGUUGCAUGACGUAACCCAUAUCAAGGCGUUUUGAGUAAGUGCAGCUGGAACGCGUAUUGCAUUUUUCCAUUCAGUCUUUUAUAUCGCUUUUCUGUGUCAGUGGAAAUGAUCCUAAUACAUCACUGUGGGAUAAUUAAUUAACUGUGUGUUGGAGAAGGUUUUCAAACCACGCCACCCAGGACGGCCUGUUGUUGUGGUGAACGUCAUGGGUAGUUUCAGCUGACUUCAUCUGGAGCUGUAUCGUCUGAACUGAUUCACGGAUCUUGCCUUCAAUUGAAAAUCUGGAGGCUGUUUUGUUUUUGUUUUUUUGCUCUGGAUUUUGAUUACAACAGUUUCAUACCACAACCUGUUGAAGUUGUGUAUUUGGUGUUUUCAUGGGGAGUUUCACCUCGGCUUGUGGCUUUUGGAUAUUGAGCUGAGUUCAUGAGUGCUUUGGAUGUGUUUUGGAAGUGCGUGUGUGUUUUGAGAGCAGAGGAGGUGUUGACUAAUUUAGUGUGAUUUUUUUAAAGUCAUGACAGAUUUAAUUUUUGGAAACACGUUAAUGCUAAAACGAAAAAAUCCAGAUAAUGUCUAGAAAUUUGGAGAAUCAAAGUUAUGAAAAAAUAAAUACCUGACAACAGUGGAGUUUUUUUCUCACUAACUAAAGGUGGGAAAAGAUACUUUUCCAGAUAACAGGUUUUUAAACUCCACAAAUUAAAGUUAUAAAAAUAUAAAACGCUGCUUAAUAGUUCUCUCAAGUUAACCAUUUGAAGGUUUGAAAAAGUAAUAAUAAUAAUAUACCAGCUAACAGUUGUUCUAACAUUCACAAAUUAUUAAAAUCAUGAAAAAAGAAAGUAGUUGUUCUUCACAUUCCCACUGAGCGGCCAGCCAUCAUGGAGAGCGGCGGCUGGAAAUCGGUACUGUUGUGGGUGGUGCUGUGUGUCUGUGCCAGGAGCCCACACGUCCACUCUCAGGCCAGAACCACCGCGGGGUCAGCCUCGGCCGUGAGUACCCUCAGCAAUCCGUCCUACAGCGUCAACUGCGAGUCCCCGGCCGACAAACGGCACCGCGAGAACCUCAUACGUAUCGGCGUCAUCCUUCCCUUCACGGGAAGCUACCCCUGGAGAAUCCAGCUCACGAGACCCGCUUUGGAAUACGCGAGAGAUAAAGUCUACUCCAAGGCCAAUCUUCUGAACAACUUCACCAUCGAGUUUGAUUACAGGGACUCGAGAUGUUCCGAGACGAAUGGUCCCUUGGAAGCGAUCGACAUGUAUACCAAAAAAUCAGCGGAUGUGUUUCUGGGCCCGGCUUGCGAUUACGCCAUCGCUCCCGUGGCUCGAUUUACUUCGACAUGGGGCAUUCCCAUCGUCAGUGCUGGAGCGCUUGUGAAGGCGUUUGAUAAGAAAGAUGAAUACCGCCUUCUUACGAGAGUCAUGGGGUCUUACAAGAAAGUUGGAGAGUUUAUCAUUUCUGUGAUGAAGAAGUUCAAAUGGAAGGAGGUGGGGCUUUUGUUGAAUGACAACAUCUUGGAUCCAUCCAAAGGGAAGACGGAGUGCUGGUUCACUAUGGAGGCUAUUUUUCUUACCAUUAAAAACCAGACCAAUAACGCUCUGGAAAUGACCAACGUUAUAGCUUUCGACGAGAACGAUAUUGGACACGACUUUGAGGGCAAUUUGAAGAAGUUAUCUACUUUUUCUCGAGGUAAGGGUUAUAUCAAUUUUUGCUUUAUGAUGACUCGUGCAAUUCAAACUAACUUUUAACUCAUUUUAUAA